AGCACGGGACACUGUCUGAGGGUUUCUUAGAAAGUGAUUGCAAGAGAUUUCCAAAAAAGGGACACAAGUGACAAAAUCAAAAACUGGGACUCAUGCAAGGUGGAAUAAUAUAAUUAAGAAGACUUAUUAGGAACCCUGUGUUGUGUUGUUGAGUUGGACAUUCUCUGAAGUGAGUAACUGAAGUGAGUUUUUGUUGUUGCAUUGGACAUCCUCUGAAAAGGGUAACAAAAGAAGAAAACUCGGACCUUUAGGACCUUUCCUUCAUUUGUCUCCUGCACCUCCUCUCUAGCUCAAAGCAGAGGGGGAGGCUAAAUCGUGGCUACGGCAGGGAUGAAGUACAGCUACAAGCAUCCCGUGUCCCAGUACACACGUUCGAGCUCUUAUACCCCAACAAACUACACUUCUUCCAGUUACACCACUAAGUCGUACUCCACGAGCUCCUAUUUACCAAGCUCCUACAGCUCUACAAAGUUCACCCCAACACACUACACUCCAACGCUCUUCAGUCCGCCGGCCUACACUCCAGCAUACAGAAGCACUUCCUCCUAUGCAUACGUGUACAGCAAACCCACACGGCAAGUCAGCAACCAAGCCAAACCUACACAACAAACUCCUACUGUAACCGUCAAACCUGCCAAGGCAGUUCACUUCACCAAUGAUGUCAUAUUCCAGGAUUACAUCCGGCAUGGAGAGUUGGAAUUGAUUGGUCGCUUUAUGAGAGCGAGGAAAGUGAGACUUAACACCAUUUUCCCAUCUGGCAUGGCAGCUCUGCAUGAGGCUGUUCUGUCAGGAAACCUGGAGUGUGUGAAGCUCCUGGUAAAAUAUGGAGCUGAUGUUCACCAGAGAGAUGAGGAUGAUUGGACACCACUUCACAUGGCCUGCAGUGACGGCUACCCUGAGAUUGCACAAUAUCUGCUUUCUCUUGGUGCCAGUGCAGAAGCUGAAAACACAAAUGGAGAGAAGCCUGCAGAUCUUAUCGACCCUGAUUGCAAAGAGCUGGUCAAACUUUUUGAAGUUGGUUGUGUUUAAGGGACAAGGCAAGUGCAGAAUUUGAAGGAAUAUGUAAGACAAGUUUUCUGGACUCGAAUCUGUCAAAAUGGAUGGGCCAUCGAAGUAGCUUCUGAAAGUGAUUGUAUGAAGGACAGAGAUUGGUUUAAGGGCGUUAAAGUGGAUAUUAAAAGUGUUUGUAAAGAUUUUAUUUUUGUUCUUUUGUGUAGGGACUUAUAGAAAUAGAUUACUUAUAUAUACAUAUAUUGUAUUAUGGUAUAUUUGGACGUCUUGAUCUUUUGAAUUACUCUUCAGCAUCAUGCAACUGCACACAUACUAGCCUUCUUUAAAUGUUUACAGUGCAAACCUCCUUUGACUCUAAGCUCCAUAUACACUGCACCCUGAUGCCCAAUCCAGCUUUGUCAAUGCCAGUAUGUUACUGGAUGCAUACUGGUUGCAUGCUAUAAAAUCUCAAGGUUCCACCAAUAGAUCAUGAGAAUGAAAAGACAUUAGGAAUCCACAGAUCUGUAUUACAUUUAGAAGCGUUUGUGGGCAGCAGACCAGCAUUUGAACUGCUUAUAAUUCAACAGUGUAUUUCCUGUCUGCUGGGCAGCUGGAGAAAAACAUGAAAACAUUGUUAUAAUGAUGGAAUUUGUAUAUGAGCAAACACUACAGCUUCUGUACUGUUCAAAGUGAGUGCACUAUGUCUACAGAGUUGUGAAAUGCCUCUUGUAAAGUCUUAUGUUUUUAUUUUUUUACUGUUUUCAUAAA